AUGUCGUAUCACUACAAAGAUUUCAAUAUGAUGUACGACAGGAACCUUUUUACGGCUGCCAAAAUGGGCGAUGUCCAGAACGUUACCGAUAACUUGCACCGAAAUCCGAUGGAAAUUUUGGACUAUCUCUCCGCCCGGGCCCCGGCAAGACGACAGCGACAAAUUGAUGAUAUCAGAAGAUGCUUGGAAGCCGACAGAUCUCAAAUUUAA